UUUGGUGAUGUGAAGUUUGUGCGAGUGUUGUUAUGAUGGCUCUGAGAUCUGUGAUAUCCUCUAAAAUACCAAUGGUGAUAAUUCUAGGUGCAACCGGAACUGGGAAAACCAAACUAAGCUUGGAAUUAGCGCAAAAGUUUGAAACCGAGAUCAUUAGUGCCGAUUCGAUGCAGGUGUAUAAAGGUCUGGAUAUAGUGACAGCGAAGGCGAGUUGUCAAGAACGUGAAAUGGUGCCACACCACCUGCUUGAUCUAUUGGAACCGCACCAGAUGUUCACCGUCGUCGACUUCCGCAACAGAGCUCUGAAGAUUAUACAAAAUCUGACAGAAAAAGGGAAAAUCCCAAUAAUUGUAGGCGGCACGAAUUACUAUAUCGAAUCUAUCGUCUACCAAAUUCUUGUUGAAGACAUGAAUGACUCUAACGCCCUCUUGUGGGAGACGAGUAAAAGAAAAAGAGACAAUGUAGACAACAAAAAUGAUGAAUCUCAACCAAAAAAACUCGCUGUUGACUGUAAUAGUGAUGUGGACAAGGAACCCGUAUCUAGUGAUGUGAAUGAAGUAGAAAAUUUUAUCGAUAAACAAAAGCUACAGGAAGAAAUCGAUAACGAAAGUAACUUCACUAACGAGGAAAUCCAUGCAAAAUUGAAAUCGAUAGAUCCGGUAAUGGCGUCACGACUACAUCCUAACAAUAGAAGGAAAGUUUUAAGGUCUAUAGAGCUGUGGUUAAAGACAGGUCGUCGUCACAGCGAGGUGCUGGACGAGCAGAAGUUGAGCGAGGGCCAGCUGCGACGCCCCGACGCUACCAUCGUACUAUGGCUAAAAUGUGAACAGGCAAUUCAUGAUGAGCGGCUUAACGCGCGUGUGGAUUCAAUGCUGAAGGAUGGUUUGAUACAAGAGCUACUCAACUUCCACGAUAGGCACAAUAAGCAGAGAAUUGAAGACGGAAAGCCGCCAGAUUAUACCAAAGGAGUAUUCCAAACGCUCGGACUGAAGGAGUUCCAUGAAUACCUGAUGAUGACAGAAGGCGACAGGAACAGUGAAGGCGGCAAAAAAUUGAUGCAACAAAGCAUAGACAACAUGAAAAUAGCAACAAGACGAUAUGCAAGAAGACAAAACAAAAUGGUUAAAGGACGCUUUUUAGAGAUUCCUACGCGAGAGGUACCGCCUAUUUAUGAACUUGACACUACAGAUUUAUCGCAGUGGGACAAACUAGUCAAAAACAAGUCUAUAGAAAUAAUAGAAAGUUAUAUUAAUAAAAUUCCUUGCCCUUACGAGCCUUUGAAGAAAAAUAUAGAUGAGAAUAGGAAAAUUAACUCUCAAUCAUCAAAUUACUGCGAUAUUUGUGAAAGGCUAAUUAUAGGCGACAAGGAAUAUGCCAUACAUUUAAAUUCAAUUAAACAUCAAAGGGUUAUAAAAAAGAAAAAGAGGCUACUAGACCAAAAGACAAAGGAAGAACAAAAUAAUUUAAAUAAUUCUUAAUUUAUGAAUACAUUU